AUGCCUUUGUUUCGUCUCGUGUUGGCCGCUGUUGUCGCUGUGGCUGCUAUCAGCAAUGGCAUCUCAAUCAACGCCAAUGAGAUUACCACGGCGAGAUCGGCUUUGGUUCAUGGCACGGCGCCCAGCCUUCACACUGGUACUCGGGAGUUAAGCGAUGGUGGCGCGGCUUUAGAGGAGAGACGAGGCGGCGGUGGAGGAGGAGGAGGUGGAGGAGGAGUUGGAGGUGGCGCAGGCCAUAUAACUACAGGGGGGAUAUCAGGAGGGGACACAACAGCAACUACAGGAGGAGGUGACACGGCAAGUGAGGGAGGGGACGUGUACGGAACAAACGACGUCGUCACCCGUCACAAGAAGAAAAAUUGCAAUCGAUUUACGAACUGGCUGAAGCGGCUUUUUGAUAAAAGCAUUCCGAAGUGCCCGAAGAAAAACCAAGAAGACGCGCGUCGACUUCGUGCUUGA